AGGCGAGCGGUGAGUGAACUCCAGGGUUCCCGGCUGCCGGAGGGGAGCAGGUUUCCCGGACCGGGACGUCCGGGCGGGGAAGGUGGCCGGCCGCGGGACCAUGGCGGGGGAGGCCGUCCAGAUGCUGGGUUUCGUGCUCAGUCUCCUGGGCCUGGUGGGGACGCUGACCGCCACUGUUCUGCCUCACUGGCGGAGGACGGCGCACGUGGGCACCAACAUCCUGACCGCCGUGGCGGUGCUCAAAGGCCUGUGGAUGGAGUGCGUCUGGCACAGCACGGGCAUCUACCAGUGCCAGAUCUAUCGCUCGCUGCUGGCCCUGCCCCAGGCCCUGCAGGCCGCCCGCGCCCUGAUGGUCAUCUCCUGCCUGCUGGGGGGCCUGGCCUGCUCCGCCUCCGUCGUGGGCAUGAGGUGUACCCGCUGCGCCAAGGACACCCCGGCCAAGAACGCCUGCGUGGUCUGCGGGGGGGUGCUCUUCGUCCUGGCCGGGCUCCUCUGCCUGGGGGCCGUGUCCUGGACCGCCCACGACGUGGUGGUGAGUUUCUACAACCCUCUGGUCCCCAGCGGUAUGAAGUACGAGCUCGGGCAAGCGCUCUACCUGGGCUUCGUAUCCUCGUCCCUGACCCUCAUCGGCGGGACGUUGCUCUGCGCGUCCUGCCAGAGAGAGGCGCCUCGUGUCCCCUACCAACUGCCCCCACGGGGACCGCCCGCAGCCCCUCCCUACCUGCCCCCCGCCGCCUUGAAGGACAACUACGCUCCCUCACUGACUUCUGCCUCCCGCAGCAGCUACAGGCUCCAUGACUAUGUGUGAGGAGCAAGGGCGUCUCCCCAGCGUGGGGAGCCCGAAGGGACGGGUCACCGGCGGGGAGAGGUCACCGCUGGGGCCGGACGCAGGCUGGCGUCCACAGACUGUUGACUGUCCUUCCGGUUCUGUAUCCCCGGGAAAACGCGAGCGUAACAAGCUUCGCUUGGAACUCAGGGCGGGAGAAGGAAGGGAGGAAGGCCAGUAGGCCGAACCCGAGAAACACCGGACAUUUGGCGGCUUCUGCGUGACCACAGUUAUGACUCCGUGUCCGUGGGCGGCUCGGGGACCGACUAAUA